GGAGAAUUAGAAUGACUGUCUUGUAGAGUGCAAGUUCAUUGUAAGAUUGAAACUCCUUAAAGCUGAGCUAAGUUUAUACGCGUAAGGAUUGAAAAUGGCGUCACGUAAGAAGUUGUUGUCGUGCUUGUAUCUUUUGGGGGUCUCUUUUAUCCCCGCUGCCUUUUCUAGGUCAAUCCCAAUAGACAUAUCCUCAUCCUUCAACAGCAAGGCAUUCGGGACUUAUCCAGGGGAGGUCUCAUUCGACGGGCUUGGACAGUCGUAUCCCCCACCAGAUCCAGCACACACACCGUACUAUAAAUCCCUCACAACGGGCAUCGUAUAUUCGUUUCCGGGGUAUACAGGUGAGGAGAUUCCAGAUAAUGUGAUAAGCGCCGGCCAAAUCAUCCAAGUUCCAAACGAUGUCGCGCGCCGAGCGUUCUCCGCCUCGUUCCUGGUGUCUGGAGACAAGGAGUUCUAUACGGCAGCGGGAAACGUCACGUUUGUCUACACAGACGGCUCUACCUCGAGCUACGAGCUCCGAUCGCUAGAUUGGUUCAGCUGGCUCACUCUGAAUAGGGGCGAGAUCAUCUUCCCGUUCCGUUUCACGCCCUCCGGCGUCAACUGGAACACAAGUCAUAUUUUCGAGCGCACAGCGCCGCUCCUCCCAGGGAAAACCCUGCGCUCUAUUGCUUUGCCAGACGCAUCCGAUGAAAAUGGCAGGCUACAUGUCUUUGCCCUCUCGAUUUGCGCGGAGAAGGCGUCAGUGGCUGUUCAGGUUGUGAGGCCGACGCAGAAGUGGUUUGAGAUCGGCGAGCAGAUCGUUGAAGUCACGAUUAACAAUGCCGGUGAGGAAUGUGUCGCUGGACCUGGGAUUACGGUUAGGCUUGAUGGAGAGGGUUUUGCCACUACGAAGACAGGGACCCUGAAAAGGCUUUGCCCGGGCGACCAGAAGAUUGUUAAAAUUGGAGUGUCGGGAUCCCCAAAUGCACCAGUGAACGUCUCAGUAAUCAUUGAUGGCAAGACUGGCCGGCAGGUGUUCGACUUUCCUAAAAUGAAGAUUGGCUUGACAGAGUGGACAUCUGAGUUGGACAACCUUGCGCGGCACGAAUCGCCUGAAUGGUUUAACGGUGCUAAAUUUGGCAUCUUCAUUCACUGGGGCGUAUAUGCUGUCACAGGCUGGGGGAACUCGACACCCUACGAGAGUUAUGCAGAAUGGUUCUGGUGGUACUCUACGCAUCACCCUCAGGCGGACCCCUCCGGAUUUUACUCCUACAGGCUUCGCACAUACGGACCAGAGUGGGCUUACGACGACACGUUCCCGGACUUUACAGCAUCCAGGUUCGACCCGAAGGCAUGGGUGGAUUUGUUUGCGGAGGCCGGAGCGCAGUACUUCGUCAUCACAUCAAAACACCACGACGGCUUUGCCCUUUUCGACACUGGCUUAACGAGUAAUCGGUCCUCGACACAUUACGGUCCGAAGCGCGAUCUCUUGCGAGAACUCUUCGACGCCGCCGCCGAGUAUCAGCCUUCGCUCCGCCGAGGGACGUACUUCUCGCUGCCGGAGUGGUAUAACCCGGACUUCGGUCCGUACGGGUUUGACCAGCUGCCUGCCGAUUCCGUGCCAGGAACGAACUCUUGGCCGGGGGUAUUACCCCUGAACCCCUAUACUGGUGCUAUUGAGCCCUACACGGGACAUAUACCCGUAGAUGACUUCAUCUCCGACGUCAUGCUCCCGCAGAUGAGGAUUCUGGCAACCGAUUAUGAGACGGACAUCAUGUGGUGCGAUAUAGGCGCGGCCAACACAACAGCUGUGUUUGCUGCUGAAUGGUGGACUGCCACACGCGCUGUGAACCGGCAGGUGGCGAUCAACUCGCGAUGCGGCGUCGCGCAGGCAGCAGACUUCGAUACCCCUGAAUAUGCGACGUUUUCAUCCGCGCAAACGCGCAAAUGGGAGAGUAAUAUGGGCAUGGACCCGUAUAGUUACGGAUAUAACGCUGCGACGCCUGAUGAAGCGUACAUGAAUGCUAGCACGCUCAUCCACACACUCGUGGAUGUCGUAUCAAAAAAUGGGAAUCUGCUACUUGAUAUUGGUCCCCGUGCCGAUGGGACUAUUGUGAAGCCUGAAGUAGAUAGUCUCCGCGAGGCGGGAAGAUGGAUUAGGUCGCAUGGAGAAGCGCUGUUCAAUACGACGUACUGGUUCGUCCAGACUGAGAUAAAAGAGGCCGGGCUUGAUGUCCGCUUCACGCAGAAGGAUGACGCAUUUUACAUUCUGUUCCUGCAGAGGCCUGUACUUGACAACGGCAUGGUUAAAGUGCCGGCGCCGCUGCCGAUUCUAAAAGGCGACAAGGUUAGUCUAUUAUCGGUUAAGGGUGGCGAAAAUCUAGUGUGGAAUAUGACUAGCAGCGAGGGUCUAAGAAUCUUGACUAUCAAAUUGGAGGAUAAUUUGUUAGAAGACGAUGAGUUUUGUUGGGUAUUCAAAAUUAAGUACGCGUGAAAUCCAUCAAGGAUUCAACAUAUCCCGACAGAUUCCGGGUAUCAAUCGCCCCCGUUUA